AUGACGUGCGAACCUGCGCCCUAUGACGCGUCUACGUAUAUGAUGUCUGUGUCUUAAGAUAUACUCGUUUGUCAUGGCGCUUUCUAAAGAAUGGAAAUAGUGUCAAGCCUUGUCUCAUCAGUUGUCACAACGGUUUUUCAGUUGUCCAGACUCGGUAGGAAUGGCAUGAGGGUCAGGACAAUGGAUGAGAAGGCGUUAGACGUGUACGAUGUGAUUCGAUCUAUCCGGGACCCAGAGAAGCCGAAUACCCUGGAGGAGCUGGACGUUGUGACAGAGGAAUGUGUGGAACUUAAGGAGCUCAGCGAAGAUGAGUACCUCAUCAUAAUCAAGUUCUCUCCAACCGUACCUCACUGCUCCUUGGCUACUCUAAUUGGUCUGUGCAUACAAGUUAAACUGCAGCGGUGCUUGCCCUUUAAACACAAGUUGGAAAUUUACAUUUCAGAAGGAACCCAUUCUAUCGAAGAAGACAUAAACAAACAGAUCAAUGAUAAGGAGCGAAUAGCAGCUGCCAUGGAAAACCCCAACCUCAGAGAGAUUGUGGAGCAGUGUGUUGCUGAACCAGACGACUGACAGAGGAAGCCACACCUGCUUCAAGCAAUUCUCUUUAAUCUGAUGUUUUUGUGUUUGUAUUGUUCCAAUGCCAGAUAAUGUUAUUCACAUGACCCAAGCGGAGUCUUGUUUAAUUCCUGUUGGAGCAAGGUAUUUUGUGAAAUGUCCAUCUUUACUAAUGUCUAGUUUUAUCAACACUUUAAAUCAUUAAUGGAGACAGACAAUUAUACCCAUUAAACAGAUUCUGAUUUGCUGUUUGUCUAAUCCUGAAA